CAAGAAGAUGCUGGAAGCGGACGGGCGCGCACCGCGGAGGUGCUGAAGGGAUAGUUCCCGCGGCAGAACUUGCCCCUGAGCGCGUGAAGCACCAAGCGAUGGAGACUAUCUGGAUCUACCAGUUCCGCCUCAUCGUGAUCGGGGACUCUACGGUGGGCAAGUCGUGCCUCCUGCACCGCUUCACCCAGGGCCGCUUCCCAGGGCUGCGCUCCCCCGCCUGCGACCCUACGGUUGGCGUCGACUUCUUCUCGCGCCUACUGGAAAUUGAGCCCGGCAAGAGGAUCAAGCUGCAGCUCUGGGACACGGCGGGGCAGGAGCGCUUCAGAUCAAUAACUCGAUCCUAUUAUCGCAACUCAGUUGGUGGGUUUUUAGUAUUUGACAUUACUAACCGACGGUCUUUUGAACAUGUGAAAGAUUGGCUGGAAGAAGCGAAAAUGCACGUACAGCCUUUUCAUAUUAUAUUUCUCCUGGUGGGACACAAAUGUGAUUUAGCAUCACAACGUCAGGUGUCAAGGGAAGAAGCCGAGAAACUAUCGACAGACUGUGGAAUGAAAUAUAUAGAAACCUCAGCAAAAGAUGCUACAAAUGUUGAGGAGUCCUUCACAAUCUUGACAAGAGACAUAUAUGAACUUAUUAAGAAGGGAGAGAUUUGUAUUCAGGAUGGCUGGGAAGGGGUUAAAAGUGGCUUUGUUCCAAAUACUGUGCAUUCUUCUGAGGAAGCAGUUAAGCCCAGGAGAGAGUGCUUCUGCUGACUGCAACAUGCCAAAGAACUGUCGUAUACAGGCCAAGACGCUUCUGGAUACAUGUCAACAUUUACAGCAGAACAACGCAAGGAGUGAACGUCACAAAGCAUCCAGACCCACGGUAGCAUCGUGAGCUGCUGGCUACAGCGCUCUCUGCUCACCAGCUACACGGACAGACAGGGUAGUCUGCUGAGUUAGGAGGGAAAGCAGACAGCCUUCUUUCUGAAACCAGUGUCUACAAAAUUACACCCACUCUCACUUUCUUAGCAUAUAGCUGACCUUAGUGUCCAGAUGGGUCAGUAUUAUUCAUCUUUCUUGACAAUUGAAAUUGGAUUUUUUUUGUAUACACGUAGUCUGGCUGAAAAUAAAUGUGUCAGGAUUAUAUUCUCCUCAGUCAAUUAGUAUUAAAUAUAAAGUGCACUUGACGGGCCGACGAGAUGACUCAGUGGAUAAAGAAGCUUGCCACCAAAUCUGCAGACCUGAGUCUGAUCUCUGGAACCCCUGUGGUGGAAAGAAAGAACCCAUUUCACUUGAAGUUGUCCCCUGACCUCAACACGCACGCCGCCAUACAUGUGCUCACACAAAUUCACGUGAGUGCGUGCAGCAACAUACACCAAAUAAUAUGAAAGAUGCAUAAGGUACAUCUUGCAGGCUGGGGCCAUCGCUCAGUGCUAGAAUGCUUCCUUAGUUUCUGAAAACCUAGAUUCAAUCCCAGCAUCAAAACUGGAGAGGGGGCCCGGCUGUGGUGGCUCUCACCUUUAAUUCCAGCACUCAGGAGGCAGAGGCAGGAAGAUCUCUGUGAGUUCGAGGCCAGCCUGGUCUACAGAGCAAGUUCCAGGACCAGCUCCAAAGCUACACAGAGAAACCAUGUUUUGAAAAACCAAAACAAGAACAACAACAAAAACAAACAAACACUGGAGGGGGAAAAGGCAAAAUACUUUUAAGCAGUCGCAGAAGUACUGACUAGGACUAAAAUAUAAGUUUUCAAAGUACCAGGUUUGCCAUUCUUAGAACAUAAUAAAAUAUAUUUUAUAUUCCUUUUUGUUUCUAGAUUUAUUGGUCCUGGAAUCGUUACUUUUGGCAAGAUUUGUAAGUGCUCAAAGGAGAUAUUUUGAGCAAAUAUUCACAGGAAACAAAAAGGACCACUCAGUAGCAAAUAGUUUGAUGCUAUAAUAUACUGUCCAGACUUAGCCAAGGAAAGCAAAAACAAAUUUAGCCAAGAAAAAAAUAGUGAUUUUUCAAAGAAAAAAAAGCAGUUUAUCUUGAACUAUUGUCAAAAUUAUCAAUAUACAUACAUAGUAGUUUUUCAAAUUUCCAAAUUAUCUUAUUUCCAGUAAAAGUAGACAAGAUGUUCUGAAUAGGAAAAAUGGUGUUAGCCACUUGAUUUAGCAUUCACAUUUAUAAUUUUCCGAUCUCAUCAACAGAAGGGAAGAUAAAAUACUCAAGUGAAAAAAAUGAUGUUCAAGUUCAGUUUUUUUAAAACUAACUGGAAGAAGAAAUGGGAAGGUGGAACAGCAAGAAGUUGAUACCUGUAGGGCAGAAACACUUAUAUGGGGGUGUGUGUGCACACAUUCAUGGUUGAGGAGUGUAAAAGGGUAGGUAAAGCUGGGUCCAGUUGCUUUGACUUUAUGGAGGAGAUAUUUCCCCAUACCCCACCCCUUAUAGAGGAGGUAUCAGCAGUGAGUGAUAAACUUUAAUCCCACUCAGGAGGCAGAGGCAGAUGGAUCUCUGUGAGUUCUAGGCCAAGCUUGGUCUACAGAGCGAGUUCAUGGACAGCCAGAGCUACACAGAGAAACCCUGUCUCAAAAAA